GCCGCCUGCGGUUAUACUGAUUGUAACUUCCAAUUUUUUUUUACAAAACGUUCCAAUGAAAAUUAAAAAAUAUCUUUUCGUACCUUUAAUGCAAUAAUAUGUGCAUUUUGAAGCAUGCCGAUUCAGGCUCCCUCAUGGACAGAUUUUCUGAACUGUCCCAUCUGCUGCAAUGAAUUUGCAGCCAGCCAGCGCUGCCCCGUCAGCCUCGGCUGCGGGCAUACCAUAUGCAAGCUCUGUCUGAGAACCCUCUACAACCGGCAGUGUCCUUACGAUCAGACCGAGAUUGUCAGCGACAUCGACAAUCUGCCCGUUAACCAUGCCCUACUACAGUUGGUCAAGGAUUCGGAACUGGUGGAGGUGGGGCCUCCGCCGCCCAGUGUCCAAAACUUGGACAUUGAGCAGCUCAAGUGCUACCAGUUGGGCCAGAGGUGCAUAGAGGAGCUGGCUCUGCACCUCAAGUCUUUUCAGAGCUUGAAUGGAAACGGGAAUCUGCUGACACGUCCCAUGCAACGAAAGCUAGUGACCUUGGUCAACUGCCAGUUGAUGGAGGAGGAGGGAAGAGUUCGAGCACUCCGAGCAGCUCGGUCCCUGGGCGAAAGAACGGUGACUGAACUGAUUCUUCAACACCAAAAUCCCCAGCAGCUUAGCUCUAAUCUGUGGGCCGCUGUGCGAACAAGAGGAUGUCAAUUUUUGGGGCCCGCCAUGCAGGAGGAGGUGCUCAAGUUGGUUCUACUGGCUUUGGAGGAAGGCUCAGCACUGUCGCGGAAAGUUCUGGUGAUGUUUGUCGUGCAGCGACUGGAGCCGCAGUUUCCACAGGCCUCGAAGACCAGCAUAGGGCAUGUGGUGCAAUUGCUGUACCGUGCCAGUUGCUUCAAGGUCUCGAAAAGAGAAGCGGACUCGUCGCUGAUGCAGCUCAAGGAGGAGUUUCGCACGUACGAUGCUUUGCGCCGGGAACACGAUGCCCAGAUCGUUCAAAUAGCCACCGAGGCGGGUCUAAGAAUUGCUCCAGAACAAUGGUCUUCCUUGCUGUACGGCGACGUAAUGCACAAGAGCCACAUGCAGAGCAUAAUUGACAAGCUGCAGACGCCCAGUUCCUUUGCACAAUCGGUCCAGGAGCUAGUGAUCGCGCUGCAGCGCACUAGUGAUCCAGCAAAGCUGGCUAGCCUGCAUCAUCACCUCAAGUACCUGGCCAACAUCGACCCCUGUGCGGAGGUGGCUCCGUGGCCAGAUUUAGCCGAAGCCCUGGACGCAGUACGCCAUUCGGUGGUUGGGCUGGUGAACUUCCUUCAACACCACGGCGUACGAAAGUCACAGGACGGAAUCGGAGGUGGCGGAAAUGGAGGAGCAGCCAACAGCAAUCCUAAGUACAAGAUAAGUCUGUGUAGAGACUUAAAUGUGAGACGGGUCUGCCCCAGAGGAGCCAGCUGCACCUUUGCUCAUUCCCAGGAGGAAGUAGAGCGUUAUCGGGCAAGAAAUCGUGGUAAGCACAUGAAGACACCUUUGGUACUACAAGGACCACCCGCCAUGGUUGGUGGAGCGAUGAAAAAAACCCUGGGAGCAGAACAAGAAGGACAGGCGGGCUUGGGAGUUCCUCCUCCCAUGUUGCCGAUGUCGCCCAUGCAUUAUAUGACGUCACCAAGAGGCUACAUCGAACCGAGCCUUGGACUUUCACCAGGAGGCGGUAUUCCACCACAGCCCGGUCAUCCUCCGCUGCUUCAUCCAUCGCACCAUACUCCCAUAAACCGACUUAUGGUUCCCGGACGCUAUGAUCCGCGCUUCGCCGGCUACGGAGUGGGUCAACAGAGAAAUCCUUCGCCCAGGGAAUACCAGAAUAAUCCCGGAGCUCCACCACCACCACCACAACGCAAUGCCAACCCACCGAACUACAGUGUGAACAGCAGCUUGCAUAAGGGCUAUAUGCUGCCCGGCGGAGAAUCUUUGUUCCAUUUGGGCGCCACCCAUCCCUGGGAGCAUGGCUAUCCCCAUCCCCACCAGCAGCAUCCUCCACAGCAGCAGCAGCAGCCGCCGCAGCUACCGUCCAGCAAGCCGAAUCCGAAUCCCAGCCGACCGUUGUCGAUUUUAGCCGCAACAGCUGAUACCUCAUUUUUUGAAAAGAAACCGCCGAAUAGUGUUAACUUGGAUGUGGACGCGGAUGUGACUGAUGUUGAUCCCCUGUCCCGGUACCGGCGAUCCAACAUUAAUAACAGCAGUAACAAUAACAACAAUAGUAGUUCCCACAACAACAACAAUAAUAAUAGUCACGGCUCUUCACUGCUGUUUUGGAAUAAUUCGAGUAAGGAGUCUGCCAACUUUGUGCGCUCCGAUUCCAUAUUGGAUGACGACGCCACCACCUUCGACAUGCCCACCGGCUCCUCUAUGCACAGUCCCUAUGGUCCCAUUUGCCCCAAGAGCAGCACGACAAACAGCUGGAACAACUGGUUUCUGGGAAACGAUAUGAAGAGCAAUGCCGAGUUGCUAAGCGACAAAAACAGCGAUUUGGGUUAUGGGGGCUUCAAAAGCGAUAGGAAUGAUAAUUACAAUGCCAACAAGCUGCAGCAGCCAAUAUGGGGCCGGAAGCCGCAGCUAAUGUCGGAGGACAGCUUCGAGGGUGGCAUCGACAGUGGAAUGAUGCUGCAGUUGGAGAAGAACCUGGUGGACAUCGUUGAUCCCGAUGACAGUGGAAUCAAGGUGGACUAGGUCUAUAUAUGGGAUUAUAUAGAAAGAAAUAGAGAGAAAAAAGAAAGUAUAUGUAUAAUGCAAUCAUUUUACACAUCGUUAGAGGUUUGUACCGCACAGUUCAAACUUUGGUAGAAUUUCAAACGUAAUUGUAGUUAAACUGAUCCGACUGAUCCGUUAUUGGAUUGGAGCCAAACAUAAAAAAAAAGAAUUAAUUGGGUUGGGUACCGUCUAUUAGAAUCUAUUAAAUAAUUGUCUAAUUAGUUCAUUGUUCAAAUUUUGUGGAAAUGUGUUUAAUUCAUGUUCGUGUUAUGUUUCCGAUUCGGGGAUUGUGUCUAGCAAAUGAAAAACCUAAAAGAUAACAAUGAUAAGCAAAAGCAAACAAAAACAAACUCAGCUUAGAAUGUAAAACUAAAUGUCUAGCCUAGAAUUUUCAGCUCAGACUUACAGAACUGCUUUAAUCAUAAAAGUUUCCACCCCCCAUCCCAUAGCCAAACACAAGGAGGAUGAUGAGGAAGCGCAGCACUUUCGAUAUCUGGAGUUGUUCAAAAUUGUAUAGAAGUGAAGAAUUUUUAAAGCAAGAGUUAAGAAACUGUACUCUAAUUAUUUGAAUCUUGAUCACAAGACUUUAAACUCAAAUUGUAAUUUAAAUUAUUGUGUAUUUGUCAUCUCUCCCCCGAUUAUUUGUGAUCAAAUUUUGGUUCAUUUUCUAACGCUGUAUACAUAGAUAUAUUAUUAUAUAUACAUACAAAUAUUUUUUUUAAUUAUUAACUAUUUGAAAACGCUAUUUUUAUAUAUACACACAAAUAAGCAGCAGAGCAUCAAGGACAUUCGAAUCCUUUCGCUCUCAAACACACACACACACACACAACAUACAUACACACUGAGCCACAGACAUGAACGACAAUUUGUAUGUGUGUGAAAUGAAUGUUUAUAUUUCUUAAAGAAAUUUUAAUAACGCUAUUGUGCGAUGUUGUUAACUAUUGUACUAUAUAUUAUUAAAUUUAUUGAAAAUAAAUUAAAAUCACGUCCCUUUUCCCCAUUUUUGUAAAACUGUGAGACAUGUAAAGUAAAGAGACGAAAGAAACUAGAAAGAAAGAAAGAAAGUGGCGAAAAGUGCGGAUUAGGAAGGGAGAAAGUUAAAUGUCAGUCAGGUCUUUGAGAACAUUUACACAUAUAUAUACCUACUCUACGCAUAUAUAAAUUUAUAUUUAUAUAUAGAAUCUAACCAAUUUGUGCGCUCUAUUAUUAAUAUUAUAUAUUAAUGUCAGUUGAGCCCGCGUUAUGCUUUCAAGACUUUGUACAUCAUUUUGAUUUUGUAUGCAAACAACAAAAAAACAAAAACAAAAACAUAAAGAAUGAACUAAACAAAAAUGAGAAAUUUUGUAACUUGUAUUUGUUAAGCGAUGAAAUCAGGAACCUA